AUGGAUGUUUGCGAAGAAUCGAACAAGUGGGUGCGUAAACUAACUCUUUUCCACCGAAGUUGUCUCGAUUUCACAGUAAAGUAUACGUUGUUUCGCUGGAUUUACUUUGCAGCGCUUUUCUUCACGUUCUGGUUUGUAGUUAUAGCCCGAAGCUCACAUUAUGUGGUCGCUUACAUGUAUGCCGUUUUUUUACUUAAUUUAGUCUUGAGGUUCAUCACGCCCCUUAGCUUUGAUGAUCUAUGUGCAGCUCACGAAGAUGCCAACAAAGGUACAAUCCUUCCUUUAAACGAACAGGAAGCUUUAAACUCGUCAAAGAUAAAAAAAUGUGGCUUGAAUUAUAAAGAAAACGUCUACGAAUUCAAACCUUUUCUUCGACAGAUGAACGAAUUCACUUUCUGGCUCUCUGCCGUCAGGGUUACCUAUAUCGCUUGCUUUUCUCUUUUUUUCGACUUCUUAGACGUUGACGUUUUCUGGCCGCUUCUCGUUUUAUACUUCGUUUUGCUCUUUCUGACGACAAUGAAUCAGCAGAUUAAGAACAUGAUCAAGUACAAAUACGUCCCCUUCAACUUUUGUAAGUGUUCUUUUUUCAUUUUUCUUCAGCUAAACGGUCGUAUCGUCAUGGAAAAACUCUCAAAUGAGUUGAAACUGCCCUUAUCGCUAUCAUAUACUAUAUGUAGUUUUAGUACUCUAAUAUAUUACUAUAUACACUGCAUGUUACAUUAUUGUAUAUAUUAUUGUAUACACUACCUAAUAUACACUCUACUACUAAUAGUGUGUAAUAUUUAUAAAUCAUGUGGUAAUUAUGAACUUUAA